AUGAACAAAGGUAGCUCCUCAAAAUGUCUGGAUAAAUCAAAGAAGAUGGAAAAUUCGAAGAAACUCAAAGAGGACUCUGAAAAAGAGACCGUGGAAGACAAGCAAGUUCCAGAGAGUGAGAAUCCAAAAACAGAAGCCAAAGAAGAAAAAGGAUCUAAUGGAACUUCAGACAAGAAGGAUAAGAAGGAGAAGAGCAUCGGUUGCUGCAAAAGAUGCAAGGCGAAGAAAAAACUCAAAGAGAAGUCUGAUGAAGAGGGUGAGAAAGAAAAACAAAAAACAGAGAAAGGGAAUACGAAAACAGAUUCCAAGGAGGAAAAGGGAACUUCUGAUAAGAAGGAUGAAAAGGAGAAGAGCAUCAUCACAUGGCGACACAAGAGUACAAAGAAAGAGAAGGGUCAUGGUAAAAACUUGCUCAAUCCUCACUGUCAGACCGCUAGGCCCAUGUACCAUGGUGGACCCAAUCCUUCAAACCGGUGGAGCGUCUACGCACCACCGAGAGGUAUGUAUCCAGCAUUUGCAAAGGGGCCAAUGUAUGGACAAUGUGGUGGUGGUGGUCCAUUUCAACCCUACCAAUCCAUGUUUCCACCUGCAAUGUAUAGAGGUGCUCAAAUCUCACCAUAUCCGCCUAUGGCUGCUGCAGCAGCUAUGUAUUCUCCCUAUUGGCAAAGCAGACCAUUCACUGAUGCUAAUCCUAUCACGCGUUACACUACCUACCGUGACAAUUACUCUUACUUCUUUGUCUAA